AUGCCUUCUUGGACGCUUGCUGCCAACACCGGCAAGAAAGUCCUGCAAGAGCAGUUCCAUUCCUUCAUGGAGCUCCACUUCGCCAGUCCGCAGCCAUGCGAUCCUUCCCAGCCGGACCCGCACCCGUUCCUCUCCCCGUUGCGCUUCCGGAUUCGACGUCACUGGCCUCCUGGAGUCGCCUACUACAAACCCUCCGAAAUGCGUGGACACCCUAUCUUCUCAGGCCACUUUGAGAAAUACGGUGAGCCGGUCUUCAUCGACUCGGAGACCAACUGCGUCUGGAGAGGCAGUCUGCGAGAUCUCAUUGACGUGGACUGGGCCACGGACCCGAGCGUGAUCGACGACGAGGAUAUCCCGGGGUUUCAGCAGCACAUCAAGACGAUGGCACUUGCGAAAAAGUACGGAACUGUUCUCUGGAUGGCACAAAAUGAGACCUACAUAUUCAAGGACGAUGACGGGGGCGAACGCCGGCUUGAGCUCCCCCCAAACGCCCACGUGACCAUGUAUUCCUGGAAAUCUGAAGAGAUUCCGAUGCCGUCUGAGGAUCGGAUCAUAAGGAUGCGUUGGGAAUAUGUGGGAACUGAGAUCGCGAGCUAG